AUGAAAUUGUUGCAACUCAGCCUCGUCGCCUUGCCCCUCGCCUUCGCCUGCGUCGACGUCCUCUUUGUCGUCGACUCCAGUUCCGACGUGAGUUUGACAGCUAUCUUUUGAGAAACGAUACUCGAACUUUUCACUGACUCGGUCAUGUUGGGAAAGUGGCAAAGGCAGGUUGAUAGUCCUGACAUCAGGAAUCGCGACGGAGAGCCUUGGACGUGGCUGACAGCUUUCCGCCCAAAUCCACCGUUCGAAGAUGGGCGGUAGUUUCGAAAAAUGAUCGAUACAUCCCCCGAGUUGUCAGGGUAGGAGGACCUUCCGAGUUCAUAACCCGCCCUGUCCCAGAACAACUUCGAACUCAUCGCCAUACUCCAUGAUGUCUUGGGUGAUUACAAGAAAUUUUUGGAAGUCACUGCGACUGAAAUCGCAAGAAGGAGAGAAAGUUUGCCUCGAACUUUGCCUGAAUAGAAACUUUCAUUCAAGCCUUUCGUCCCUUCGUCGUGCUGUUGUUCUCCGAAACUCCGGUGGACGAAGCAACAUUGCAGAAAUGGAAAGAUUCGUCGAAAUCGCCCGCAUUGCACAUCUUCCGAAUCGCAUCGCCUGGAAAGAAGAAGUCGGAGAUUCAAUCCUUUAUGGAUGUUUUUCAAAGUUCCAGAUCUGAUUCUCUGCUCGAGCAGCGUGAAAAGUUUGAGGAAAUCAUCAGUUGUGGCCUCAACAACACGACGCCGGUAAGGAAAAAAUGUCGCUCACUGUUGAGAAUUCAGAUCCCCACGUCCACACGGAUAACCGUCGUCCCACGUCUGACACGCCCAUCUUCAACAAUAUUACCAAUGUGAACAAAAAAUCCUUCCAAUAUCCAGUUUAAAAAAAUUAUAGAGCAGAAAAAAAGCUGAUCAAAAAGGGGCUCAUUCGACAAAAAACAAAAAGUUAUUUCUGAAAAAAACAAAAAAAAGAAGAACGGAAGUUUUUAGGUUCAUCUUCUCCAACUCUACAGGUCCCCUGGUUUCAACUACAACCAAAUCUCGAAAGACACCUUCAGGUGACUGGAAUUCAAUAAAAGUUUUUAUCCUGCAAAGUUCAGUUUGUAAAGCAGAAAUAUUCUUUGUCAUCGACCUUUCCCAAGGAACGGGCGACAAAAGCAAACAGUAAGGUUUCUAACUGAAUAUGUUCAAAAACGGCUUAUUCAGGUACCUGGACAUAGCAGCAUCGAUAAUAGGUUCUUUACCCAUCGGAAAAAACGCCGUUAGGGUCGGACUCAUCAGCUACUCAGGCCGCGGCAGAACUCGGACACUGGUGCAGCUGGACAAGCACGAGAGCAAGGACGAGCUCAUCGAGUGAGUCAUGACAGCUUCUGUCGGAUGCUUCUGGUUGGAGGGAGAUGUUCCGCAUGGAACGAGCUGGAGGCACGACUCGCACUGGGGACGCCAUUCGCUACGCCGUCGACGCCUUCGAAAAUGAGCAGCACGCGACUCGCGAAGGCGUCAGACGGGUCCUAGUUGUGUUCACUGACGGCUACUCACAGGUACACAGAUUCUGAAACCAAAUAGUACUGGUUUAGGACGAGCCUCGGGAGGCAGCUGACGAGGCGCGCAACAAGAAAAUAGACGUCGUAGCGGUGGCCGUGGAAGACAAACGAGCGACACCCGACUCGGCACAGCUCACCGAGAUCGCCGGCAGCCCUCAGGUACUUUUCCGCGCUUCAGGAAUUAUCGCAAUUAGGAUGAUUUUUUCAGAAUGUUCUUAUCUCGCCCAGCGGAAAACACGCACGCGAAAGAAUUUUAGGCUUACAAUGCAAAUUUUGA